AUGUCAGCUGCUUUAAGCUACUUAUUUGAAUUUAUUUUUUAUUUUAAGCCGAAUAUCCGAUCGAUCAUCAAUGGAAAGGAAGCGGAAACAGAGCAAUUUCCUUAUCAAGUAUUUUUUGAUGUCGAACACAAUGGUGAGCGGUCUGAGCGAUCACCAGUACUGAGAUACACGUAUGGCUCCACUUUAACAAAUAAUGAGUGCAAGACAUCAGUGCUGCAGGCCAUGUCCAAAAACGCGGUGGACAACGAUUUCAUCUUUUCACCAACUUUAAUAUGUUUAGCUGCGAGCGAAUCCAAUCCUUGUUAUGGAGAAUCUGGCGGCCCAUUAGUGCUGAACGAACAGACAGAGCAGAGUACUAUAAUAGGCAUUGCUUCGCGGGCAACACAUCCAUUUUGUGCACCUGGUAACCCCGUUUUGUACACACGAGUCUCUGCUUAUUUGGAUUGGAUUAAGGAAAAUUCAUACAGAUGA